AUGGCAGUUGGUGAACUCUACCUGAGCUUGGCCUUUCUGCAGAAAUACCAGGAAUUCAACUACAAGUGUUUCUGCAAGGUCACUAUAAAGUACGAUUCAAAGUUUAGUUGUGAACGUGGCCUAAAAUGGAGAAAUGAGAUGCUUGACACAUCCCUGCUCAACACAGACAGAGGCAAAUGUGAACACCUCAUGUCUAAGCUGGAGACGUUCAUGAUUCAGCUGGAAGGGGGUGACAAAUUGAGAGCGAUGAAAAGACUUGAAAUCCCACCAAUGGACAAAACACCAGUAACAUAUCCAAUUAUCUCGAAAGUGUUAAACGAAACAGACCUUGAGCCCCUGAAGCCUCAGUUGCAGCUCUACAAGGGAAGUUUCCUGCUGAUAGAAUUUCUGUUCCUGAUCGGACUGAACCUGUACUGCUUUAAUAUAUCAGCAAUAAAUCACACGCUCAUCUUUGGACUGGAUCCCAGAGAUCACCUCUCAUACUACCAUAUAUUUGAGAUAUCUGGGGGUCUGACUGUGUGCUGGUGCAUCAGUGUACUGGCUAAUUUUCACCCUGCUAUGCUGUCGGUCCCACAACACCUCCACCCACUACUUUUUCACAGCUUCCUCCUGUUUCUGCUACUAAACCCCUUCUCCAUAUUUCACACUCAGGCUCGUCGCUGGCUCAUGGUCACAAUGAGUAAGGUCUUGGCAGCCCCCUUCCAGCCUGUGGGCUUUGCAGAAUGCUGGCUAGCUGAUCAAUUCAACAGUCUGAGCCCUCUGUUUCUUGGCUUGAGGGAUCUGCUGUGCUUCUAUACCUAUCAGAUCAGCUGGAGAGAUAUGUGGUCUGACAGCUCUCUAUCUGCAGUGAGUCUAGACUGUGGACAGUAUAGUAUGGCUGUAACCUGUCUGAUCCAGUGUUUUCCACCAUGGCUGAGAUUUGCACAAUGCCUGAGGUGCUUCUGGGACACUGGCCACACGCUACAUCUCCUGAAUGCAGGAAAAUACUUCACUGUGUUUCUUAUGGUUACAUUCGCCGGCCUCUACAACAUGGCCAGAGAGAGAUCUACUCUGCUUGUGGAAGGGAGGAUAUACCUGUAUAUAUGGGCCAUGGCUACCUGUACAGGUGUUCUAGUUACAGUGAGUUGGGAUUUAAGGAUGGACUGGGGAUUACUUGAGGGAAAUGGCCUGCUAAAAGACGAGUUGCUGUUCUCCCAACAGUCAUACUACUAUGCAGCCAUGCUGGCGGAUGUGCUGUUGCGGGUCUCCUGGGCUAUAAAUAUCCUCCUGGCUCAGAUGAAGGAUUCAGCUGCAGCUGCCACAGCAAGUGCCCUGCUGGCACCACUGGAAGUCCUCAGACGUUUUAUUUGGAAUCUCUUUCGGCUAGAGAACGAGCAACUGAAAAACUGCGAGAGAUGUUGUGCCGUUCGUGAUUUCAGCAACAUCUGGAGGCAUCUGGAAAAAGAUCAGGAUGUGCCAUCUAAAGAUCAUCACAAAAUCAUCACACGCACCACAAUGGUAAAGGAGACAAAACUGCCUGUUGGGGGAACAGAUGCAGAGCUUCAUCCAUGUAUUUAA